CUCUCUCCAUUUUCUUCCCAGUGGUCAGUAAAUUAAGCUAGCAGCACCAUUUUAGGGAGGACUCGUUGUACAAAACCCUGUUUCCAGGAUUUUGUGAUACGACUUAGAACUAUCUGAACUCCGCCAUUGUCUGCUCAUUUCUUACAGCCCUUAGCUAGGAAGGUAGCAUCGUAUAUGUUGUAUUUUAAAACGGGACUGUAAGGGCACCGCACACGGCCACACCGUGCCGGUAACGUUACCUAGCUAGCUGCUAAAGCUAACCCUAGCUGGCCGCAAAGGCUUUUCUCGUCCGACGCAUCAUUCACUUCUGUUUCCAGGAGCCUGCCAGCGAUCUGCCAAAAUGAGCGCACCCUCCUCCCAAAAAGUUGUGCUGAAAAGUACCACCAAAGUGUCCCUAAACGAGCGCUUCACUAACAUGCUGAAGAACAAACAGCCCGCUGCGGUAAGCAUUCGAGCCACCAUGCAACAGCAGCAUUUGGCCAGUGCCCGCAAUCGUCGGCUGGCACAGCAAAUGGAGAACCGGCCCUCGGUGCAAGCGGCUCUGAACCACAAGCAGAGCCUAAAGCAGCGCCUGGGGAAGGGCAACAUCCAGGCCAGGCUGGGACGGCCUAUUGGGACUCUGAUGCGUGGAGGAGUUGCUGGAGGCAGAGGGGGAAUGCGAGGGAUGACCAGAGGCGGCCUCCGAGGACGAGCCAGAGGAGGAGUAAUGAGGGGAGCGCUGUCCCUGAGAGGGAAGCGCGUGUCUUUAACAGGUGGCCCCAUGCGAGGUCGUGGCACUGCUGGUCGUCUGGCAAUGCGUAGAGGAGGCCGCCAGCGUGGAGGAGUUCCUGGCAGAGGAGGAGCUCUGUCCAGAGGAGCAGCACGGGGAGGAGUAGCCAGAGGCCGUGGUGGACUUCGUGGGCGUGGUGGUUUUGCCGGUCGUGGUGGGCGUGGCCGCGGACGAGGCCGAGGUGUUGGCCGUCAAGCUGUGACCCGUGAACAACUAGACAACCAGCUGGACGCCUACAUGUCAAAGACCAAAGGUCAUCUGGAUGCUGAGCUGGACGCAUACAUGGCCCAGGCAGACCCAGACAGUAUGGAGUGACGCUGAAGGACUCUGAAGCAGACACAUGUAGAGUCACUGCAGAACUGUACAGCUGAACUCACACAUGCAUUGUAGUUAUUCACCAGAUUAAUGGUCUCAGAAUUGAUCAUGUUUGUAAUUUAGAUGAGUGGUGACUGUCCAGGACUCUUAGCUUUGGAACAUCAAGAAAUCAAGGUUUCCCUUGAUUGUGCUUCGACCACUUCUCAAUUCUGCAUCAACCUGCUCCUUCAAACCCCUUUUUAAAUCUGGAAUAAAUGUGUGUAGGGACCUUUUUAAACAUUAACAAACUCUGCUGUCUGUAGCCAUCAUUUUUUUUAUAAUUAUUAUUCUUUUUGAAACGUAUGACCUGAAAAACACAUUAAAUGUUUGGGACAGAUAUCUAUAAUGGUCAAUGAUCUAGGUGAUGUCGUGUUUAACUUCUGUUGAAACCAAUUUUGAAUUACACUUGUUUGUUUUUUAACUUGUAUUUUACAUGUGAUUUUAGCACCAGUGUGCUCAGACCUUUGGGGAUUCAUUCAUUGGCUUGUCACGGCAACAUUUGCAAUGCAAAACUUUUCUAAAAUGUUAAAAGAAUGUUAGCAAAGAGUUUCCAUUUGCCAUUGUUUUGUAUUUAAAGAUGUAGUACUUUGAAGUUUUUUGUUCCUCUGUAUCUUCCCCCUGUCGGCAUACUUCAGUGGACUGCUGACCUUCUUAACUUGUACCUGAGAGCAUUUGUAUGACAUUAUCCAAAGCAAGUGAAAUAGGUUUUAAUUAAAAUGGAAAGGAUUUCCCUAA